AUGAACAUUGCGAAACACAACGUAUGUGGCUUUAACGAUAGUGUAAAGCGUGCCUUAUUCAUCAACUAUGUUAAUACAAAUAAUAUAGAUAUCGUAGGACAUUGGUCAUCUGACGGGAUGAGAGCAGGUGUAGCUAUACUUGUAUCAAAAGA